UCCUUUCAUUCGCGGUAUUGACCAAGGGUCUCAAGAUCACAACUCAAGCAACAGCGCCAGCAUCACCAGUGCGAGCAAGUAUUGAAAUCUGAGCCCCCUUUUUCAGACUCUUUUGUACCCUACCUCUGGGUAGAAAGUGACAGUUCUCGUUUGUGAAGAGAAGAAGUAGGAGCGCGCUCUGGAGGCUCUCCCUGUCCCUAGGCUACAUCCAUAUCACUACAGCAGUAGCAGCCCACCCCUCUCCUCGGGUUCUCACGCUGGCACGCCGUGGCUUCCACUCUGGGACUGGCAGCUACACUGUGCACCAAGGCUGUUUAGGAGGUGGCGCCAGCGGGCUGCCACAAAUUGAGCUUGCCCCUUUUACUUAUAUCUGCUGCAUUCUGGACCUGAGGACACAAGUGCAAAGGUCGGAAACGGGAACAGGAGGACACUAGUGAUCGCAGAAGGUGAGGAUAUCCCAGUUGCUGUGCUUGGGGCUUCUUGGACUACCCCCACCUCGUCUUUCUUUGCAACCCUUAGUAACAGCAGGCUUUCGGAAGGUAUGCUGAUAAGUGCCUCAGUUCUGGGAUUGUAAAUCGGUCAUUUUUUGGAUGUUACCCGUAGCAGCACAACUGUCGUGAUCUAGGUGCUCUGCACAAGGGGGACAGUCUGGGUUGGAAACGUUGGAAAAGCCCAUGUUACAGACUCCAUUCACUUUUAUUGCAUCAUCAAUAACUUUAUUUUGAGGUUUGCAUCGCUCGUGAAACUGAAAUCACGAGCAGCGUGUGACUUAUUUUCAGUGCCUUGCUUGGCUGCAAGUGCCCACCCUGCCGAAGCAUGAGGGAAGAGGAUGUCUGAGGCCAUAUGGGGCAGUAGAAGGGAGGUGCACAGCUGCAGCUCCAAAGGAAUGACUGCUUUGUGGUGUAUACUUUUCCUCUAUGCAGUGACCGUGAAAAGCAUUCCAGCACCUAGGCUGCCCCUCUCUGAACUGCAAGGACAAACGACCAAUAAACUGCCAGUUGCUGAGUCUUCUUCUGCAGAAGAGCACUUAUAUGGAAAUGGAGACACUGUUGAGCUUGCUUGCAAUUCCCCUGGUUCUGCUUUGCCUGUCUUGUGGUUCAAGGAUGGGAUGGGUGUUGUGCCAACCAACAGGACUCACUUAGGACAGCGACAGCUGAGGAUCAUCAAUGUUUCGUAUGAGGACUCUGGGGUGUAUACCUGCACAGUGAAACAUUCAAAUGAAGUCAUCAGUAACUAUACGGUAAAAGUCACAGAUUCACUGUCUUCAGGUGAUGAUGAAGAUGAUGAGGAGGAAUCUGAAGAUGCAGUGGCGCCAUAUUGGACACGACCUGACCGAAUGGAAAAAAAGCUGCUUGCACUUCCUGCUGCUAACACAGUGCGCUUCCGAUGCCCAGCUGCUGGGAAUCCAUUGCCAGCAAUCCACUGGCUUAAAAAUGGCAAGGAAUUCAAAGGUGAACAUCGAAUUGGGGGUAUUAAGCUCAGACACCAGCAGUGGAGUUUGGUAAUGGAAAGUGUUGUCCCAUCAGACCGUGGAAACUAUACAUGCGUUGUAGAAAAUAAAUAUGGAAGUAUCAGCUAUACUUAUCAGCUGGAUGUACUGGAGCGAUCACCUCAUCGGCCUAUUUUACAGGCUGGGUUACCUGCAAAUCAGACAGUAAGACUCGGCAGUGAUGUGGAGUUUCAUUGCAAGGUGUACAGUGAUGCACAGCCUCACAUACAGUGGCUAAAGCAUGAAGAGGUGAACGGCAGCAAAUAUGGAGCUGAUGGGACACCGUAUGUCACAGUACUAAAAUCCUGGGUCAGUAAAGAGACUGAGGCUGAUGUCAUGCUAAGUCUGUACAAUGUGACAGAACACGAUGAAGGAGAAUAUCUGUGUAGAGGCAUCAAUUUCGUAGGCAGAGCUGAAAUACCAUUCUGGCUUGGCAUUCUCAGAUCGAAACCAGCGGAGGAACCAAUGAAAGAAGACAUCUCUGCAUCUGUCUAUGCAGAUAUUCUCAUCUAUGUGACUGGCUGCAUCCUUAUCAUACUGACUGUUGUCAUAGUGAUCCUGUGUAGAAUGAGGAUGUCAAAUAAGAAAGCACUUCCUGUACCACCUGUUCAAAAACUGUCUAAAUUCCCUCUCAAGAGACAGGUAACAGUGUCUCUGGAAUCAAACUCUUCCAUGAAUUCCAACACUCCUUUAGUGAGGAUAACACGACUGUCAUCUAGUGAUGGACCAGUUCUGGCAAAUGUCUUGGAGUUAGAAUUGCCUGCAGAUCCUAAGUGGGAAUUUCCACGAUCAAGACUGACCUUGGGAAAGCCGCUGGGUGAAGGUUGCUUUGGCCAGGUGGUUAUGGCAGAAGCAAUCGGAGUUGACAAGGACAAGCCAAAUAAGGCAUGCACAGUAGCAGUCAAGAUGUUGAAAGAUGAUGCUACAGAUAAGGACUUAUCUGACUUGGUCUCGGAAAUGGAAAUGAUGAAGAUGAUCGGAAAGCAUAAAAACAUCAUCAACCUUCUUGGCGCAUGUACACAGGAUGGUCCACUCUACGUUCUUGUAGAAUUUGCAUCAAAAGGAAACUUAAGAGAAUACCUGAGGGCACGUCGUCCACCUGGUAUGGAUUAUUCCUUUGAUACAAGCAAGAUUCCAGCUGAACAUCUAACAUUCAAAGAUUUAGUGUCCUGUGCAUAUCAGGUUGCUCGUGGCAUGGAGUAUUUAGCAUCACAAAAGUGCAUUCAUCGAGACCUGGCAGCAAGAAAUGUUUUGGUGACUGAAGAUAAUGUGAUGAAGAUAGCAGAUUUUGGCCUUGCCAGAGAUGUGCACAAUAUAGACUACUAUAAGAAAACAACAAAUGGUCGACUGCCUGUGAAAUGGAUGGCUCCAGAGGCAUUGUUUGAUCGGGUGUACACUCAUCAGAGUGAUGUCUGGUCCUACGGUGUUCUGCUAUGGGAGAUCUUCACACUGGGAGGAUCUCCAUAUCCUGGCAUUCCUGUCGAAGAAUUAUUUAAACUGUUAAAGGAAGGACACCGAAUGGACAAACCUGCUAAUUGCACACAUGACUUGUAUAUGAUAAUGAGAGAAUGUUGGCAUGCAGUCCCUUCGCAAAGGCCUACAUUCAAGCAGUUAGUUGAAGACCUUGACAGGGUGCUGACGUUGACGUCUACUGAUGAGUAUCUGGAUUUGUCAGUGCCAUUUGAACAGUAUUCACCUACUUGUCAGGACUCGCAGAGCACCUGCUCUUCAGGAGACGACUCUGUAUUUAGUCAUGAUCCCUUGCCUGAUGAACCAUCCCUACUGAAGCAGUGUAAUGGCAUCAUCAGGACAUGAACCUCGCUGCUCGGGAAAUUCACAAGUACAAAAACGUAUAUGCCUAGCAGCCUUGGGUAUACCAUACAGUGAUGGGGAAAAGAUAUUUGAAUUAAGACAACUGAGAUGAAUGAAAGGAGAGUUUAUUUUUGAGCUUUAUACCUGGAAAUGCUGUAUACUAAGUCAAGAUACACUGUGUGGCAUAAAGGAACUAUGUAAAGUUUUCUUCCAUAGUGGAAUAUUAAACUAGGGGUACCAACCUCUGGUAUUGUACUGUAAAUUGUCCAAGCUACCAUUCUGUGCCUAAAAUGCAUUGAAGACAACAAAGAGUGAUAUAUAGAUAUAAUGUUGUAAAAUAUUGAAAUGUUAUUCUUGUAAAAAAAUAUAUAAAAUGAUCCUUUUUGAGAGAGUUGAAGCACGGGGCAGUCUCCUGGUAUUCAUAGCCGUUAACCAUUAAUAAUGCAUGUAGGAAAAACCUUGGAAUUCAGUUAAACAGGUUAGUAAUAGUAAUUAUAUGUUCGACACAAUUCAUAAUCUGCAGUUGCCUGCAAGAGGCACUGUCUUUGCAAAUUGAGAUACUACUGUUGUUAGAUGGCACUUGUUUAACAGGAAAAAUGAAUCCUCAGUAUAAAUACAUUACAUUAUAAUAAGGUUGCUGUAAAUAAUUACUGUACCACCUUUUUGUAACUGAAUCACCUUGCCAUUUCCUCCCUAUUCAUAGUGAGUAAUGGCCAUCCGCUGUGAGUACCAGUUGGCUAGAACCUUAUUCUUAAUGUAAAAAAGAGACGUAUUCUAGGCAGAUGUAAAUAUAUAAAUAAAAAUUGUAUGAUAUUGCAGUGACAGCAUUAUUCUUUAUACAUUUACGUAGUUAACUAUCCCAUUCACCAUUAAAAGCACAUCACUGUUUAGGGUUUUCUGAUUAAUGCCUUUGGGUAUUCUGUUCAAACUGUGCAGCAGUUUACAAAAUUGUAUUUGCUUGUCAUGUAUAUUUGUAAAGUUAUUUAUAGAAUUUUGGCUUAUUUGUUCAUAGUUCUAAAUAGAUAAUAGAUUUGUUUACUGUAAACAUCUUAAUUUACAGUGUUUAAUUUUUUUAACUUAUUAACAGUAGAAAAUAACUUAAAUCACAUGAAUCAGUUGAAUAGCUGAUUUCUGCUUUACUUCAUUUAGCACACUGUCAACUCUGAAUGGAUGUGUAAAAACAAUUGUAGUUCCUUUAAAACGACUCACAAAUGUCAUAAGCAAUAUUGUGUUUUUAAAGGCAUUGCUUUGUCUUGGAUUGUGGUGAAUUGUACAAUUGUUGAUCUUUCUUUCACAGUGGGUAUCUAAUGAUUAACAAAGAAGGACAUAGGGUCUGUGAGGUAUGUUUGAAACGUGUUUGCAGAGGCAGAAUAUGUAAGGACUUGCUUUAUUACAGGGUUAGAGAUUGGAUGUCCAUGUGCAGGGAAGUAUUUCAUCCCUGCACAUCUUUAUUUUAAUUAGUGUGCAUUACCAUUUGUUUUCAAAUGAAGGUGGGCUUCAUGCUUGUCUUGAGCAAUAAUGAAGCUAAAAUGUGUUAAAGACGUGUCUGUGAUUUUUUUUUUUUUUUGAGGGGGUGGUUCUAGAGCUGCACUAGAUUUAGAUCAUAUGUGUAAUAGUAUAUUAAAAGCUAAUUAAAAUUUAAAAUUUCCAUUGGCAGUGCAAUGAAUAUGAAAUCUCCUUCAUCCGUCAGUGACAGAUACUGUUGAGUCUAGUGUGCUGUAUUCAUGUUCCACAUUUUCAUUUAUUUAAACUGAGAUCAUACCUUUUCUAAAAUGAACCAUGUUAGAUAAACCAAAUACAUGUGCAACAAUAACUCCAAAGCAUGAAUGAAAAAAAUAUAUAUACGAUAGAAGCUGAAUGAGUACUUAUCGGUCUUCAAAGGAUACCUUUUUUUGUAUAGAAUGUUACUGGCUAUUUAACUGUUUCUGAGAAUGUAAUUGAUAUUAUCCCAUGUGGAAGGGGUUAGAAUGUGAUAGAUAGUGGGAACAUAGAACAGGGCACAGUUAAAACAAAACUUUUGUUCAAAUAGCUCUAACACUUUGUCCAUUACUAAAGUAACUGGCUGUAUUUACAUAGAGUAAGGGUACUGAAGUACAAUAACAAUGACCAAAACAAUAUUCAUAGCUUUUACUGUGCCCUGUGUUUGGUGGUAUUUAUGGACCUUGUGGUUUAUAAAUUAUUCUUAACUCACUAUCUGUAGGCUACACAUGUAUGUGCUGGCUGGCAAAUAUCUGCACAUGUUACUGGUACACAUGGUUCUAGCUGCUAAACACCAUAAAAUAGUAAACAUUCAAACAGUACAAACUUCUGUGGGGGUGAUCUUCCUCACAGAAGUGGGGGUUGCCUUCCCUGAGUCACUGUGAGAUAUUAAGGCUUGCUGCUCAGUAAACAUCUCUCACCACUGCAGUGUGGAGAGUGUUGUCUUCCUUUAGUUAUUGGUGCCAAGAAGGGAGGGACAUCCUAGGUUUACUACUGGUGCUUGAGCUGAGAAAGUUUUGUAACUGUUGUACCUGUAAUUCUUACCUAGAUCAGCAGUUACACCGCUGCAUUCUUAGCCAGUUAACAUUCAUGUUUCUAAUAUUCAAACACUUGUUAUAACCAUGAAGCGCUUCUUUUAUUAGGAAAAUAUAAUUUAUAGUGCAGGUUUAUAAGAAGAUGUUAAUAGUAUAGAGUUCUAUAGCUGUGUGAUUUUUGUUUGUAAAGGUUUAUAGGAGAAAAAGAUUUCCAGUAUUUUCAUACAAAUGUUUGCUAAUGUGUACAUUCCAGGUACCUACUGCAUUGUUUUUAUUUUCAAUGUUGAAAAAAAUGUACAGACUUGUGCAUGAUUUUCAGAAGUUAUUAGAUUAUCUAUCUAAUUUAUUGAGUUUUUGCGAACUAUAUAUAUUGUAGGCAAGCAGACUUAACAUUUCUUAUGUUUAUAGCCUGAGCAGUUACCAUGACUAAUGUCUGUCUUCUGUCUUGAAUGUAUCAUUCAUGUCACAUUCCGCAGUUGAAAAUGCUUAAUUAAAACUGUUUUCACAUA